AUGUUUGUGGAGAUGUUGGAGAUGUUAAGAUCUGGUCAGCUGGCUAAAGUUGAUUUGCAAGAAAUGAAAGCAGUUCAGGUUUGUAAACAUGUGACUUGUUAUUAUUACAUACUUUUUUUUUUGUUUGGUGAUCUGACUUUGAAGAAAAUAAUGUAUCUUUGAAAUAGCAAAAACAGAGACAAAGCAGUCACAGUGGGGUAAAUUUUAUCAAACGCAACCAACUUUAUACUGUUUGUCCCUUUAAACUCUAAGGAUGACAAGCAUCUAAUUUCUCCUAACAACAAUACAUCUUAAUUAUUAUUUGAGAUCAUGAGAAUAAAGGAAAUGAUCACCAACCUUUAAAACUUCUAUUGUUGAGCAAAUUCUCCUUGUCAGCACCUUGGGAAGUUUAUAGAGUAUAGUAUGGAGAAUUUGCUUACUGAUAUACUAGGGUUUAAACAGUUAAGUGGCAAAAGUCAAGGCACCCUUAUUUGCUUUCCUACAUCAUUGUCUCUGAGUUCACCAUCCCUUCUCCUUAUUCCUCCCCCUGCUAAUGUAAUGUUGAGAUGUAAUGUUGAGUUUUUCUAUCUACCAUUGUAACUGGAGUGCAGCAUUGAAUAUAGUUGCUGGUGGGUUAGAAGGGGAUGGGAAAGCAGGGAAUAUUUAUUGCAAAAGAAGUUCUGAAAUUAUAAAAAUUUGCUUCACACUCUAAGUGCUUUCUACCUCCUUAAAAAGAGGAGCAUGGUAUUCAAAGCAUCACAAUCUUUAUCCAAAGUGAUAUUCACUUAUAAACAAUAUUACUUAUGUAAACUGUGGAAAAAGAAAAACUUUCUCACUGUUCCUCAAUGGACUUUUCAUGCUAGGAUAUUAAGAAUACAGUGUUGCUAGAACAAGAGGAAUAUCAAAAGUUUGUACAUAGCCAUGCGAAAGCUAACCAUCACUUGUACAACUUUGUCCACCCUGAUGUGUGGGAUGACUUCAAGGUAAGAAGCUGUGAUAACAGGAGAAAUUUAAACCUUUAACUCCCAUGUGUGACCAAGACAGAAUUUCUCCUUACAAUAUCAAUACAGUAUCAAGCAGAAAAGUGAUAAGAAUAAAUCAAAAUAUCAAUGAGGGGACUAUUAAUUGUUUCAAUACCAAAUUCUCUGAACUAACAUUAUAAGAAUUGUAUGGUUGACAGUAGGGAGAAUUAUUAAUGAGAUCUUAAGAGUGAGUGGGUUAAUUAAUUAACCAUGACAAAAAAAUUAGCAGAAUUUGUAAAAUUAUGAUACAGAUUUGUUUUCACGCACCUGAAAAAUUGCAAAAUACCAGUAAGUUGAUAAUGUAAAUUGGCAACUGUAAGGAAAUUCUCAAGCUGGCAUUUUCAGGCAUUACCCCUUUAUAAUUUGCUCACGAAGGACUAAUGCUCAAAAUAUCAGUUUUAGAAACUCUAUAAGAUGGCCAAUUUACGUUAUCAAAAUCAGUUGAUGGAACCAAUCAAAAUUACCUUGUAAUAACACCUGCCCUAGCUUCUGUAGAAACUUACCCCCUUUAUUCUUCACCUUUGUUUCAGUAUCAAACAAUUUGUUACAAAAAAAAAGAGAAAUUUGAGGUCACAAAUUUUCCUAGUGAAUAGUUCUUAAUAGUAUAUAAUUCAAUGGGCAAUAACCCCUUGCUGUUUGUAUGGUACUUCAGGUAGAUAUUGAUGGAAGAUUGACAGAAAGGGUAAACAAGUGCCAGGUAAGUUACCUCAAUUUUUGAUGUUUUGAAGAUCUUACUACAAGGACAAUUUUUUUUUAGGAGAAUGAAACAUAUCAUGUUUUCACCAGUAAUUGUGUUCUUUUUAUGCAGCGUUACUAUUCCUUGCAUGAAACCAUUGGUUUAUCUGUUGGAGCUGUUUUCAAAUCAGAUGCAGUUCUCACUUUUGAGCAAACACUACUGCAAGUGGUAAGUAUGAGGCAAGACAUAAUAGAUUUAAAUUUCAGAUUUUGUGGGAGACAUGGUGGCCUAACUCAUGGUGCACAGGACUCUGGGCUGAGAGGUCAGGGUUGAGACCAGGCCAGGUCAUUGUGUUGUGUUCUUGGGCAAGACACUUGACUCUCACUGUGCCUCUCUUCACCCAGGAGAAUUAAUGGGUACCAGUGGAUAGUUGGGGAAGCCUAAUGAAAUGCUUGUGAAACCAUGCACUGGACUGGUAUCCCAUCCAGGAGGGAGUGGCAAUACUUCCAGUUGCUUCAUGUUAAGGAAGGCAGGAUAAGUUCUGUCUGGAUGGGCCACUUGGUUUGAGUACAGACUUUACCUACCUACCCGCCCAAUCAACCAAUGCAAAAUAAAGGCAAGGUAUCAAAUGUGUGAAAAAUGAUUGAAAGAAAUUAGCCUCCUUUGGGGAUUAUAAGAGAUUUGGCAGUAUUGAGGGAGAGCAUUUUGACCUCAGGUGUAGUGCCCUCUUAACAAAGGAAGUUGGUUUAUUUCCCCCCUAUAACCUCCUCCUUCUUAAACUAUUUCCAAGUAAUGAGUAGAUUUAUGUUUUUCCUAAAUCAGGGGAAUAUUCCAAAGCUUUCCUUGCCUGAAGACACAGACAUUAUGCUAUUGGAGGUGGGGCUAACUGUUCCAGAUGAGAAGUCAGUGCAAGAAAAGACCAAGUCCUUCAAGGUAUUCAGCAACAGAAUGACUUUAAACUGGGUCAAGGGAAGGGGAGGAGGGCAGUUGAGAUCACUACAAUUUCAAAAGGUUGAAGUUCAUAUGAAGAGGUCCAGAGUGGUGUUCUUAUUGUUCUUGGGCAUCAGAAACGUUACUUUCUCAGGGCCCUUCCCAGGGUAGCAAGAAUCUCAGAAUAAAGCAAAGCAAAGCAAAGCAAAGCAAAGCAAAACCAAUGUAAUCCUAGCUUCCCUUUCAGUAGUCAAUUGAAAAUUGCUCUAGCACGUACCUUUCAUUGGUAGACACAAACUUUUGGUCCCAGCCAUGUUUUAUAAUCCCUAAUUUACACCUAUCUGUUUAAGGGGCACCCUCUAGAUUCAACUGGAUUAGCUUUUGAUGUUAAUUUACAAAUAAUACAUGUUGUGGAGCCUGUUGUUCAAGUACACUUACUCACCCACUCCCCCACAGGUUGUGAGUGAGGACCCGAUUGCUGUCAGUCUGGCCAGGAAGCACAAAGUUGACAUUGUGAUCUCAUCAAGUGGACUGGACACUCUCUUGAAUAAUCAGCCUCCUGAUUAUGGCAGGCAGUGGCAGCUGCCUGUCUCUGUUCAACGAGUAGAAGGUUUGUAUAAAACUGAGGUGCAACACUUGCGAAUUACAGCAAACAAUUGGUUCUUGCGUUGUCGAGAUACGAAGAACGUGGAAAGUUUGGAGAGCUUGAAAGAUGCAUAAGAAAUGUUCUGGAGGCUUAACCCGGAGCAACUCGUAUAUUUCGUGAAGCUUUUCUUCAUUAGCAACAAGAUGUGCGCAGUUAUUGUUAUCGGGAGUAAACACUUUGUUGUUUUUCCCACACGCCAUAUUCGAUAGACUAAGUUGUGUUGAAAAUAUGCAAGACAGCACCCUUUAAUUUUGGAACACGUAACAUCUGAUGGCAGGCUGCGAAAUUUAUUUAUACGAUGGCAAUUGCUUUUUUUUUCUUUUUUUUUUUCGCACAGACGGCCAGGAAAAAAUUUGUACUCACAGAGUGGUGUUUGUCGACAAGCCUUUUCCUCCACAGAAGGUCACACCUCGUGAUGUUAACGUGAAGUUUUACAAGCGUGCCUUGCGCAGGUUAGUGUGUCAUAAAAACAGCGAAGAAAAUAAAACAGGUGAUUGCGACAGAGAAAGAACUAUAAGCUCCAGUGUAAGUGGCACUGAAAUAACGGAGGUGGAAAGAGCGGCGGAAAAUGUUGGAAGUAAAGAGUGUCUUUCCAACGUGGCAACAACUUCCGAAAGACGAAAGCGUCGAGUUACUGAUGAAAAGGAGCAGUGCUCUGAGGCGAAGAAAUCAAAACUGUCUGAUGGUGCCUCAAAUUCCAAAGUUCAGAAUCUCGACGUAAAUGAAACGUGCAAAAACAACGAUGAAAAAUUCUUCGUUUAUAAUCUGUGGAGAUUCGGGAAGUUAAAAGUCUUGAUUCGUUGCAGUGUGGAUGCCUACAGAGAAGAACAAAAUAAACCAAAGUGUUACACUUUUUACAGUGUACUUCCAAAACUCGAAUACCAACCUAACUUCGGUCACGAAAAAUUGUCGCACAGUGAGGCUGGGCGGUUUUGGCUAAAUAGCUACAUCCGCCAGAAUACCAGAAUCAUUUGCGGCAGAAUUAAUGUUUACAAUUCAAAACUGCUGCGAGUUGACGAACUUUCCAUCAACGAUAUUCUGCAGCAAGGGACGGGUUUUAAUCCAGCGCAGGGAAUGAAAACGGUGUUUCAGGUUUUCCAAGCGUUGAAGAGAUUGCCUGAGGCCAACUACAUUUUGUCUCACAAAUCAGGAGAGAUCCACGGUUGUCUGUACAAAAGCGUUCAUUCGCAAUCGAGGUCUGUAAAAUCUUCGUAUGAUCUUCACAAAACGAGGGCGCCUGUUAGUAUAACGAAUUACACCGAGGGAGAUAUUACCUACGUUGCUAUAGAUUGUAACUUGUUCAUGCCGUGGCAGAUCAGUCAAAAGAGAAUCCCGUGCACUUUUCCUCCUGUCUCGGACAGAGAAUUAGCCAUGAGGGCAAAAGCCGAGGCGCAACAGAUUGCGGCAAAUACUUCAAAGAAAAACAAAAAGAAAAGCAAAAAGGGAAAGAAGAGUAAAAAAGGAAAAAACCAGGGGCCUGCAACGAAAAAAUCUAACUCGGGAGCUGCAGCUGAACAGUCAUGGAAAGCUGACAAUAAACGCAAACCAGUUAUCAAAAGGAAAGCGAAGAUCUUUGCAAGUUUUUACGACACCCAGCCGGCAGAGAAAGAGAGUGAAAUCUUUGCAGUGUCCAGGCGAGCUUCAGGGGCAAUCUCCUAUGAUGAUCUAGAUUUCUAAAGAGAUUUCUAAAGAAAACAAAACAAGAGUUAAGAGAAAAGAUGAAGGAAGAACAAUGAAGGAAGAAAAAAAUGGAGUUAACGAAAAAUCCAUAGCAAAAGUCUUUGGACGCUUCAUUUUUUCCUGCCCAUAUGCAUAAUUAUUCGCUUCCCCCUUACACCCACCCUUGUUACAAUGUUUUGUUUUCUUUGUCUAGCUUUACGUUUGGAAUGUAAUGACAAGAAAAAGCAAUGGACUUCGUAAAGGAGCGUUGUUUUUCUGAAUGUCCUGAGAAUGAUCGCCAGUGACUGGGGAUUGCAUUUAAUACGAAGUCCGUUUUGCGGGAGACGAAGAUCGCGAAACACAGAGGAGGUUUCGUUUCCGAAACUACUUUAGAACAUUUGUAAUCAGUUAAACUUUCUUGAAAUUGCCAGUCAGAGCUCUUACUCGUUAUGGUUUUUAAUUUCGUGGGCUUGAAAGAUAUUUUCUCAUAUCGACUUGCUGUUUUCUGGUGAAGCUGAUUUUAAGUGGAGCGAACAAAAAGUGAUUUGAAUAGUAUGCUUUGUAUGUGUACCAAAAUUGUUACGGGACAGGGGAAGGGGAGGAAAGCGAAGUUUUGGUUAUAGGCAGAACUAAUUUCGCAAGUGUAACCCUAGGCAAAUAUCCCAAUCUGUUUAGCUUGAUUGGUAUUGGGCCUAUCGAAUUUUGCAGGUUAUCCUUGUUCUGCAAAAAUAACUAACCGCAGAAAAAAUUACUUGUGAAUCUAGUUUAAAUUUAUACAGUGCGGAUAUGGGCUCACUCGUAUUAUCAAUCCCGCUUGGCCGUCCUCAUUAUGAAUUUUGAAAUUAGAUAACUUUUUUUCCCCCUUAAUGUUCUGUCGAAAAGGUUUGUUGUUGUUGUUCCAGGCGCAAAUUUUAUUCAUCUCUUGCUGAAACACUAUGUUAUCGCAAAACACAUCCAAUGCGCAAAUUAAAACUCCGACAAAAUUUUCUUUCCAGUAGUUAGCUCUGAACAAAUUAACAGGUAAGCGUUGGCCAAUGUGAGAUUCCGAGAAAAAAUUUUGUAUUUUUGUCGCAGCUAAUUAUAUCAGGUUGACGAAACAUCAUGAAAAUUAUUAAACCGAAUUUUCCACAUAAAAAUGAAUCAAAAACGUUUUGUGUGUUGUUAAAACGAGAAAGGAAGAUGACAAAAUUCUCUUUUAAGUUUCCGUUACCAAAAUAUGGUCGAAUCUUUAUAGGUUCCAUGCAGUCUUCGUAGUAAAUUUACCAAAAGGAUUGACAAUGAAAAUCAAUAUUGUCACUUUGCUGGCCGUUCAUUUAUAUGCAAGGAACUAAGUUUGAAUAUUUUUUCUUUAUAUUACAACGACUUGUUCGAAAUUAAAAAUGGCGUCUUUGAAAUUGCAGUGGCCUUGUUGUCUUUUAAGCUCCCUAUACUCCUAUUUUUCACAUAAUUUUCAUCCUUAAUCCUCACUAGUUUGUUACUAGAAAACACGAUAUAUGAGCUCCCUGUUUGGCUAGAUUUACAUUCUUCUACAAUCCUUUACAAAUGCUUGGCAACAGAACCACGUUAUUUUGUUUUUGAAAAUCAGCGACACCAAUGUACAAAAGAAACUGAUUGUUCUAUUGGCAGACGUUUAGAAUCGGCGUAAUGAGGAGCAUUGUUAAAACGCCGUUGACAGUAUAUCCAGCCGCAUUUUCCAUCAGAAAGUUCAUUCCUUUCCGGAGCAUUUAAACUCAGAGUGAACCCUAUGUUUAAAACUUUGGUUUCGAUAGUGCCACGACGCCGAUUGACAACAGUAGCAUGGCUCGUGAUUGUUGUAGUUUUGUUACAACUUCUCUUUUCAUUUAUCGUCGAUGAAGUUCGAUCGAAGGACGCCCAGGUUGCCAAACAGGAUUGUUCCACAACGAAGAACUCGGGUAUUAUAAAAAUCUUACCUUAAGGUUAUAAAUCCCAUAUUCAAGAUUAAUGAUAUGACUGAAAUUUUAUAUUGGGAAAUCUAAAAAAUUACACUUUUAUUGCUUGGUAAGAUAGUUAUGAGGGGAUUCCAUCUUUCUGGUUCCACUAUGUCCUAUUAAAUGACGUGGACUGAAAAUAUAGUCAAACAUCAUUGUAUUCGAUCUAUCUUAACCUCGGAGAGGUCAAUUUAAAAUUUUACAAUUGUGAUAAUGACAGGAAUGAAGCGGAAAAUAUAACCGUCUGCCUUCAAAUUUUUUAUGAAGGAAGUCCUUUCACAGGACACGAAACCGAGAUACAGGUUAGAGCGAGUGACGAAGGGCUAACGCCUAAAACUUCAGCUUUAUAGAAACUCCUUACGUUAUUGUCGACUCAUUUGAUAAAACCACUUUAUCUUUUAGAACCCCCUACCGACGAAGCACCACAGUUUCUUUGGAAACUUGCCCCCUUCAUUCACUAGUUCCCUUUCGUUUCGGUGGAAUUUGUUAGUAGAAAUUUUCGCCGAUGAACUUUUUACUGCAGAAAUAUUACCAUAGAAUUAUUGAUAUAUAUUAUUUGACUACCAGACAUAUCUAAAGCCAUCGACAAGAACGAAAACCAAAUGAAAUACGCCAUCGUUGUUGACCAGUUUUGUUCUUCGUCAUCGAUAACAUAACAGGAAAAACUCAAAACUUCUAAAAAAGAUCGAUACCGCAUCGAAGUUCUAAUUCUCAGUUUCGGAACCUCACGCAAAACUUUAUUAGGUUAUUUCAAAGGCCGUCUCUACGAAAUUAUGAUGUUUUAAUUUGUGCUAUAUUGAGUGUAUGGUAAUAAUUACUUAGAGAAGGAGGAGGAGUCUUACUGAACAGCGAGAAAGUUAUAAUUAGCCAAGCGGCGUUAUCAUGAAUUACAUGAAAAUUUGGUGAGACCUUCGUCAUUACUCUGAUGCAGGGCUAACGCUCGAAACGUCUGCUCUAGAAACUCUUUAGUCUUCGAUUCUGACACGAACUGUUUUUUUUUUCCUUUUUCAUUUUUUUUUCUCUCUUUCUUUGAUUGUCUUUCUCUUCAUUUUUUUUACCAAUUUUUUUUUAAUUAUCGAUCUACAAGUGCCAAAGAUUUCCAGUGAGAAGUUGACCGAUCCAGCCUUUCUUCGAAGUAAUCGCGGAUUAUUUUUACACGUGAGGAACACUCCAGCCGUAAGAACAACAGAUACAGAGAGAGGUACAGAGGAGGGUGGAGCGAAUUACACUAUAAAAGAUGCGCAACCCACACUGAAUGAAGAUACAAGGAAUUUUGAAAAAACAACUGGAGUGGCUAAAAGUAACGAAGAUUCGCAAACUUCAGAAGCUUCCUACACAGGUCGAGAAUUGAGUGAUGGCGAAGAAGUGACAGGAGUUAACUGCAAACAAUUCAGAAACAGGACGUCUGUGAGUACAGCGGGAUUCUGUUAACGCCCACUAAAGAUACAUUCUUCAAGUAAUUUAUUGAACAGUAUUGGAUCAUGAAUUAUUUUGUUUACAGGUAAAUGGUCAUCUGAACCUGCAUGAAUGGCGAGGAUGGUGUGGAUUCGCUGUUGAUGAUCUUAGAAGAGAACCACUAUUUCCCUUUAAACCACAAGUAUGUUGAAUUCCUUUGCUAAAUGGUGGUAACAUGUCAUAGCAUGAGAAAUCGGGAAGUCACUUUUUAAACACUGACUUUCGGAAAACAAGAUAAUUAGUAGUAAUUAGUAUGAUUGGUAAUUGAUAAUUGGUAGUAACAGUUCAUAGCAUGAGAAAUCAGUAACUCAUCUUUUAAACACUGACUUUCGGAAAACGAGAUAAUAAAGCAGUGGUCCAGUAGUUCGUGCGUCGCAGUCCAGUCCAGGUUCAAAUUUUCUUUGUAUAAGUCAUUGCGUUGACCUCUUGCGAAAGACACUUGACUGUUACAGGGUCUUUUUUCCAUUCCGAAUGAAAAAAAAAAAAUCAACAAAACAAAAACAGAAGAUGAACUUCAGUUUUGUUUAUCAGUUCAUUCGUGACGUGAAUGGUUCGAGUUUCCAACCCAACAUGCAUCGCUGGAAUAGUAAUUUUAAGCUUUGGGAAGUUUUGAAUUUAAGUAUCUACGAAGGAUUAUAUCUUUGAAUUGGUCCGUGUACGUUUUUAAAUAAUACUUAUUUAAUAAUUUUUUUGUUUAUCAGGUGAACACUGUUCUUGAAAAGUUCGCUACAAAUGUAACAAAAAGGUCAAUGAGCGGAAAACGUAUUUUUGGCUACGUUCAUCCUCCAAUCACAGGUGAAAAAAAAUAUUCAGGCAAUGUUAUGACUGAUUCCCGCGCUUUUCAUCAGAAUCUUCUCCGUGCGGAUUCUUCUCACUGACUUCACGUUUUAAAGCACUUUAUUCUUACUUUCCUGUUUCCCGCACUUUCACUGGUGGUUGCUUGUUCUCCCGUUCUCGCAAAAAUGUUAAUUUUUACUAUCGUUGGCCAAUGGUUUCCGCCUAUCAGUGGUAUGGUGGUUUUCUGCGCUUUUAUCUAUUUUCAGUUAUCCAUGUUUGUCGCUGUAUUCAUGGCUUUCCGCACUUGUCGCUUGUUUAACGUUUUUUUCGCGUUUUUCACCAGUUUCUUUGUUUCUCUGCGCUUGUAAAUGGAUUCCUACUUUCCCGCGCUCGCCACCAAUUUGAAGUUCUCCCACUCUUGUCGCUAAUUCCUGGUUUUCCGCGUUUUGUUCACUGUGUCCAUGGUUUCCCGCGCUUGUCUUAAAUUUCAUGGUUUCCCGCGCUUUCACUGGUGGUCGCUCUUUCUCCAGUUCUUGCUAAGAUUUGAACUUUGCAGCUUGCUCUCAACCAGUAAACGUGAUAGCAAACUGAAUACUGACUCGCCAAAUAAAGAAAGAAAAUUAGCAGCACUAAUUAGUGUUUCAUCUCAAUUUUUUUUUACGCCAACUUUUCAGGUGACUUCGUUUUCGCCAUUAGCUCUGCUGACGGUUCAGAGCUCUGGUUGAGUUCAAAUGAUGACCCAAAAAAUUCAAAGAAAAUUGCCUAUCUUGGAGAAGUAAGUAAACUGAAUAAUUUGUUUGGUCAAACAAAACUUUGUUGCCUGUAUUGACUAUUUUUUCGUGGAGUCAACCUCGUUUAUCGGAGUAAUUUUCUCAUUGGGAACAGCAGCCAAACAGGAAGCCAUUUUGUUUGCUAUGGUCGCGCGCAGGUGAAUUGCAUAGUGCUCAGGUGAAUGUAUAGUACUAAGUUAAUCGCCUCCGAGCUAACAAAUCAGCGCACGCAAAAAGCACUUUUCGUUUAUUCAGCGAUUGGUCUAAACAGGUCACGUGCUGCAGCUAAACCUGACCUCACGUGUGCCCUGUAAGUGUUAAAUCGAAGACUACUGAAAUUUUUAACACUUCAGUGAAAAUUUCGAACCAAGAAAACAGUUUUAAUGACAAUCCUUAAUAUCUCUUCUUUCAAAACAGCCUGGUAACCAAUAUGGAGCCAGUACUCAUUUCGGAAAUUUUCAAGUCAAGGCUUCCCAAGCCUCAGAGGCCAUCAGGUAAAAGAUUCAAGGUAUUCCAGUGAUUUCAUUCAGUGACAAUGAUUUCAGCCAAAUCCAUUUGUAGCAAAAAAUGCCCAAGACUAAGACAAAAAAGGCGAAAAAGGUCUUUAGAAGAGAUUCAUAGCGAUUAAAUUGUGAUCAGAUUUGUCAGUUUUCUGUGAGCGAUCUCGGUAACAACAAGGGUAAAGUCUGUAUUCAAGCCGAGUGGCUACCCCAACCGAAUCUUAUCCCGGUUUCCUGAGCAUGAGGCGACUAGGAGUAUGACUUUGCCCCUGAAUGGGAUGCUUGUCCAUCGUGAGGUUCCCCCCCAACAUUUUCACAUCAGGCUUCCUUGACAAUUCGGCGGUACCCAUUAAUGUUCCUGAGUGGAGAGAGGUACGAUGGGAUUUGAGUGUUUUGCUUAAUAACACAGCAGAAUGACUCGGCCAGAUCUCGAACCCAGACCCCUCGACCUGGAGUCAAGAGCACCAACCACUGGACUAGCGUGUCUCACCCUCGGUAACUGUAGUCGCUCUGUAAUUACUGAACUUGAUUUUCUCUCUGUCUCAUCCAGACUUGAAGUAGGAAAAGCAUAUUAUGUGGAAGUUCUUCAAAAGCAAAAGUAUAGCCAAGAUCACGUGGAAGUUGCGGUAACUUAAAAAAUACGUUUUCUGCUUCUCUGCAUGUCACUGCAGAAUUUUAAGCUCCCAGUCGAGUGCGACUGUUUUUCAGUAGAGGUUUUCCAAUCGAUAAAGUGUGUUCUAUUGCGGGAAACAGCAACAGAAAACGGGGGGGAAAUCGCCCUAAUUGUCAGUAUUUUAAGACGAGUUUUUGCAAAAAAAAAUGUCGUUGUGGGAAAUACAAAAUAUCGAAAUGAUAGCUGUUUUAUAGUAAUGUUUUUCAGUCAGAAAAUGGCUAAAUUUCGUCAGAUAAUGAUAACUGUGCAAACUUUGUGCUUCAUUAAGAGUACAAUGAAGCUUCACGAGGUAAAUAUUUUCUAAGCACUUCGCCUCAAACUCGAUCCAGCAGUCAAACUUGUCCUUGAAUCUAAAUGCAUCAUCAUAGUGAAACAUCGAUACCGCUCAAAGUGUUCUCGAUAUGUUGUACUCUGACGAUUCCAUGUUUUAAUAUUUCAUAGUGGAAAAUGCCAGGGGACGAGAGUCUUGAAAUUAUUGGCUCACAGUACAUCUCCCAGUACAUAGGUAAGUUGGAGUCGACGGCAGUUCACAAGUAGCAUAUUAUUAUGGACGCUGGAAUGAUGUACCUGCUGUUCUUUUUUAACAGAUUAUUCAGCCGAGAAGGCAGAAAUCAACGCCAGACUUUUGUGCAUUUGUAAAGAUCACCCAACUUUGCUAUUUGCUUAUGAUGAGGUAAAGACCAUGUUUUACGUAAUAUUUUUCAAGACGUCAGAAGGCUUGUUGCCCAAUCAACAAAAGCAUGUUGCUCUGUGUGAGGGUCGCAAAGCUAAAAUCAAACUAGUCUUAAGGGCCAAUCCGAAGAAAGGAUAACCAAACAAGGAGCCAAAGCGCGGGAAACAUCAGUGACUAUGCCGCGGUCGGUUUUAUUUCCCUAGCUGAUUAAUUGCGAGGAUGGCUCGAGUUUUUCUAGACCAAUCACAGGCCAGUAAACCAAAGCAAUCGUAUUUUACUUUCGACAAGCACUUGAAAAUUGAUCUGAAAUUUAAAGUUUCCUUUUUUAUGUUCAGUUCAUGACUCGUGAACAGUAUGAUUUGCGGGAUGACUUUCAUUCUCGAGGUAAGACACCACUUAGUUUGCUUUUUUACAACUGGCCUCUGUUAAUAAAAUACAUUUCAAUUCAGCGUCGUAAAACCAAAGCUGACAGUUAUCAUCAUGAGAGAUCGCAGCGACCAAUCACAACAAAGGUGAUAUUAAGCGAGCCAAUGAGAACGCAAAGUAAAAACGAAUGAACGGGCUGAAGUGCGAGGAAACGCAAAGUUGCGGUGGUGUUAAUUAUUUCACCUGGUUAGCUUCGACGCCGGCGUGACACGAGUUUUCUCGAUCAACCAUAUCGCGUAGUUAGGUAAAACCAUUGCAGUCCACGUUUGCUUUGACACUCGGACUUCCUCUGUAGGGUGAUACUGAUCCAUGGAAAUACAAGUAAAGUUAACUGUAAAAUUUUACGAGCCUCAUUUCCAAGCAAGUGUUGGGUGAAUUUUAGACUGCUAGAUUAGGUCAUUGGUUACCAUAUUUUUCUUUCAUAUAGUUGAAGAUCUUCCUCACUCCGAAGUCUCAGAUGUCCUUCCGUUGUGUGCCUAUCAACCGUCUUAUGUCGUCUCGAAAAAACUCAAUGAAAAUGAGGCUUUCACUGGAAACUUUGUAAGUACUAAACUGCUUAAUUACUACGCUAGCCGAUACUGAAAUUUCUCCACUAACUGGUGAUUAAGUUUAAUCGUUUAUCUCAUGGCGCAAUAGUUCCAAUGUGGAUUGUGACGACACAGCUGCAUUCUACUAAUCUUUUUCAAGUCAGGAAUUCGAGAGCUCGACUGGUUGCUCUGCGGUUGAUAGGUUUUCCAACAGCAGUGACUGGUGCAUUUCGAUAUGUAGUGUUCCCUCCCGUGAUUCUUGAUCGUGGGCCUUCAAUCUUCUGGGAUUUCUACUCUAGAUUUAUUUUCUAUGGUUACUUAUAUGAACUGAUUGAAAGAUUUGCCCGAUGAAGCUUCCAGAAACUUUGACAUUUUCCUAGUUCAUCAUUUAGUUUCUAAAAACAUAAUGGAUGAGAUGAAAAAUUUUAUAAGAAUUUCCUCUCCUUUUGCAGAUCCAACAUCCUCGAGUCUUUCCAAACGAUCGAACGGAUGUCAAUAUGUCACAUGACGUUAAAAACCACAUCAGCUGGGGAAAUAAAAAGCUUGAAAAAAAUGUAAUAAAUUACUAUUUGUAGUGUAAAAAAGUUCCAUGUUUAAUAUCAUCGUUAUGAUUUUGAUUAGGAAUCUGACGAUGGUGUACCUCAAGUUACUACAGUUCUCUCUUUCAACUUAAAAACACAAACGAUGUCUUGUUUAAUUUCAGGACGCUUUGAAAAUUGUAUCUUCUUACAUGGAAGCCCUCGCUAAGAAGAAAGGGUAAGAAUCGAGUUAUAGUGUAAUUUUUCUUUUAUACAGUUAUUUGUUUGAACCCAGGAACAACGUCAGACAACUACUCUCACCAAGGCGAUUUGAUCGGACAUCUUUCAUGCGCUUGUGUGAAUGUUGAAGUAAUUUUACUAUUGCAUCGUUAGACUGGACUCUUAACUUACUUACGUUUUUUCUUCCAUAUUUCGUAUGAGAGCAAGUCACACAACAAACGAGAACUCCUUUUCCCCAGAGAUAAGUGCGUUUUUGUAGAUUGUGUAGAGGGGCACAAAAAGCGAGAAAAAUGGUUGACUAAUUUGUCAUGUUCGUCUUUUAGGGACAGAUUCGCUCUGAAGGAGAUCGUCAACGUGGAAGCAAAAGAUGAUCCUAAGAAAGGAACCCGUUAUUUGCUAGAACUGGUAAGCUGUUAUUACGACUUGAGUGACAAUCAAUCCAACACUUUAUGACCGCCUGUAAGUCUUUAAACUUUACUUUAUUUUUCCCUAUAGCAAGAGAGAAUUUAGUUAAACCCUUCAAUAAUCCCUGAAAAGAUUUCACAUGUUUGUACUAGUUUUUCUGGACCAGAAUGUUUAAAUAUUCAUUCAUCUUAUACGAAUUUAACUUUUAAGUUUUUUUUUUCAUUUUCUUUUUGCAGGAACUCCUGGACAAAUACAAAGGUGAUUUUUUUUUAUUUAACUUUUUUCGCAUCCUAAAAUGAAAACAACGAUGAAUAAGCACAACCCUUUUUUACGAAAUUGUGAUCUCAAUUUUUUGCUGAGUUGACAAUCAUUUAGGUAAAGCUAAACCGCUCUAUAUCUAGCUGGCGAUGAAAAAAAAUUUGUAUUGUAAUGCAAUUGCAAGUAUGGUGCAAUUAAUCAUUUUUUUUCUUUUGCAGAACACUCUGUUCGUUUAUCAGAAUACGUUUACAGACCCGUAAAAAACAACACGGAUCUUUGUGACCCAGACGGCUUCCAGUGGAAAAGAAAUGUCACAGUUUCCAUGGUGAUAACAGGUGAGCAACACUUAAUGUUUUUGCAACAUGCGAUUCCUGUGAAGAAUGAUGUGUUUUGUUCAUGUACGCCCUGUGUACCAACUUAUUGCAACAAAUUUCUGAUGCCAAUGUUCGUAUUUAGACUGAGACAUCUUUGCUAACUUUUGACUUCUUUACAGUUAAGAACUAUGGACCAUGGAUCAAAUUUCUAAUAAAUCAAUUAACUCAGGUAAGGACACGACGGAGUUCUAUGGACGAUGCAUGGUCUUUCUCGUGGAAAAUAUUAUGUUUCAUCCACGGUUUUUCAAAUCGAUCUUUAAGUUUUCCUUUGGAUAUGGAAGCACAAAACACUGUCACAGUAUGUCUUAAAGAUGGUCAAAACACGAAAAAAUAAUUACUGAAAAAAACAAAAACAAAUAAAAGACUCUAAAACCCAAGUUCCAGUUCCUUAAAUUGUUAACUUUGCCCUUUGACAUAUUUUUUCUCACAGCAUGAUAAAUCGUGAAUUGAUACAGAUAUCUUUCCUCAGAUUUACGAGAAAGGAUAUGACAGUAACUUCUUCCUUGUCAUCGUGGAUUUCAAUAGCAGUGACAUUGAUCUCUUUCAACUCCGAGAAAAUAGUGGAAUCAAAGACCGGUAAGGGUGUGGCACUUACAGGAACCAACAACCAUUCAGCUGCGGAUCCAGGGUGAAUUUCCGGGGGUGUGGGCCCCCUCUAUCAGACCUGGGGAUGUAAUGUAUCAUUUACUCAGACCAAGAUAUGUCUAACGACAGGGUCGCAUAUUACUACCCAACUUGAGUUCCACGUAUUUGCAAUUUUCCUACCUUGAAAUACAUAUUGGCUUCUUCAGACUCUUCUUUUUUUUUUCUGAAUCAAAGUUUGGAACCCCCUAUGAAAAGUUGCUAGAUCUAUCUUGUCAGUUGAUAUAAGAAUCACCGAAAAGACACGUUUAAACGUUACUCUCUAAUGUGGCCCUUGCGGCUGGACGUUUUUAUCUCCAAGGGUCGCCAUUCUUCGACAUUUUACUGAAUUUCACAAGACGAGGGCUUUGAAUGACGGAGUACGUUACAUCAAGGUAAUUUAUACCUUGCUUGGCAUGAUGGUUGAGUUAAAGAUUCAGGCGUGAACAAGUGAAGGUGGGGUUGAACGUGUCCAUUUGGGGGCGAGGUGGUAUGAGGCGAACUUUCAAUGAUGCAAAUCUCUAGGAUAAAUUUUGAUAUAAUGAGCUACGAGAGUUUAAACUGUGAUCAAUUAGGCGCCAUCUUAGCAGGGUUUCUUCUUUUUGGUUUCUUCUGCAUCAUACCAGGAUCCCAACAGUAUCAUCUUUACAGCGGAUCUGCACAUCAAGUUCCCAGUCAAUAUAUUUGACGUCGUAAGAAAGGUAACAUUCCACAUGGUACCAACUUUUUAAGCUGCUCGUUUUUCUUUAAGGCAAUGUAAGGGAUAUGCUAGUUUCACAGCUAAUGUAUUCUUUCUUAACGUAUUCUUUAUUUGCUGAGAUUUUCGGUCUUUCCUCACACAGCACGCGAUUCAGGGAAGAAGUUUCUACUCACCCGCAGUUCUCAAAUUGAAAUGUGGUUACUCUAUUACACAUCAACAAGGUACAUACACCUGUUUUUCAGUUGUCCAGCUCUCUCACUUUGGAAAGUGUUUUAAGCGUCCGUCACCAUGCAAUGGUCGUUUGAAUGUCCUUCCAAUCUUUUUUUCUAUUAAUGAAGAUACUGUUCUCGUGUUUCCUGCGCUUGCCAUUACAAGGUUUCCUUUCUCGGAAAUUACCUUUGGUAGAUCCUUUCCCUAGGUUUUCGAUUGGUUCAAAUUUUUAACGUACUUACCACUAGCAAGUUUUCUUCUCGCACGCGCUUUUCACUAUUCAUCAUUUUCCCGCGCUUGCGGUUUAUAACAAUUUUUUCCCGCUUGCCGGGUAACUAUUUCUGCGCUUUCCAUUGGCUGAUCUUUCACCAGCGUUUGCCACUCGUUAAUAUUCUUAGCGUACUUGCCAACUGUUCACUUCUUCCCCCCUCUUUCCAUUAAAUUAACAAUUUCGCACGUUUGCGGCCUGUGGUAAUUUCUUUCGCGCGCGCUUUCCCGCUCUUAAUGCCGUAACUAAGAGAAUGCUUUCUCUCUCGAGUCUUAAAUUCAUGUGUGUGUAAAAUCAGAUAUCUUGCCUUAUUUCGUUCAUCAGCCUACUGGGAAAUGAUGGGCUAUGGUUUGUUUGGGGCUUACAAGUCGGACUGGGACAGUUUUGGAGGAAUGGACGAAGUCAAAUUCACCACACGAUGGGGCGGUGAAGACUGGGAUCUAAUGGACAGGUAAGCGCAAUCUCGUACCCAGGCCUCCCUAAAUGUACGCCAGUCAACUCUCUCGUUACUCUUAAACCAGCUCACGUCCAACAAUCAAGCCAUCACCAUUUUAACUGAUACAUUUUUUUUUUAAAAAAAGUUCAAUCGUAAAAGAGACUUGAUUAAACAGUGGGAGAAAAAAAGCGCAUAAGAUUGAUUAUAUAUAUAUCCGAAAAUCUCGGAUGUGGAGGAUAAACCACUGCCAUGAAAUGGUUGAAGCAACUCUUCAGAACACUUACGGAAUGUAUUCGGAACGCCUUCGUAAACAUUCGGAAAUUUUCGAAGUUCUUCGGAUAUGAUUAGGUGCUCGACGAAAAUUCUGACUCUGAGAAAAAAAAUCUAAAGCCCUUGAUUCGGAAAAAUUGGUAGGCAUUAAAAUGUCCUGUUUUUCGGCUUUCUGUUACUUUGUUAACUAAGUAUAAUUUUACUUUUUAGAGCGAUUGGUGCUAAUUUAGAGGCUGAAAGAUUAAGACUUCCAAAGCUGUAUCAUUAUCACCACGAAAGGAAAAGCGACUGGUAUGAAUUUGCGCGAAUGUAACCAACAAAAGAAGCUGGAAUUUGAAAGACAAGAGAGACGAAAGGCGUUUCUUGACCCAAUCCUUCGGCAACUGAUGGAUAAUUGAGCAGUCCGUACUGUGUAAUUAUAGUUAAUCAUCUGCGCCAUAAUCGUAGCACUGACAAUUUUGAAGGUUCUUUCAUGAGGAACUAUAGGCUACGAAUCAAAUCCUGUUUGCGAUAUAAAAGUCGAAAAAGAAAUAGGCUAGGAACAAAUUUAGAUCUUAAAUUAACAAUUCUCGUUUACAAGAACGUCACAUAAAUGAUAUUCAUGCUUUUUAAAAACAUAUUUUACAUAACAAAUAAACAGCUAUGAACCUGGGACGUUGUCUUGGUAGCAGAAUGUACUGUGAACAUUAUUCAAUUAUACGCAGUUGUCCCGGCAAAAUCGACUGACCUUCAUCGAAGACCACUCUAUUAAAUCUUUAACUCCGGAUAUUGCAUUUCUGGUGUUUUGAUUAGUUCACUCAAGUCCGG